AUGAAUAUAGUUAAAGAAGAUUAAUUGAAAAAGUAAAUUCUUAUCAAAAUAGAAUAAGAAGCUGACCUCAAAAAAGUAGCAGUAUUUUUAAGCUAUCAUAACAAUUACAAAGAAGUUAACUUGCAGUAUGGGCCAAAGAUUAACAAUAUCUGCGUAAGAAGAAUUAGGAGGACUAUCAAUAAGUGGAAUCAAAAUAUAAAAGAAGAGAACAAAGCUUAAACAGUUAAUUUAUACCUUUCCCUGUAAGUCUUCGAUAUUUAUUAGAUGAUAAAUUUAAUCAAAUAUGCAGAAAAAUAAUCAGCUUUGAAUAGGAAUUUUCAUAUUUAUAUUGAAAAGUAAGACUAAAGCGCUUGGAAAAUAGAAUCUUUAUCAAUUCAAUUUGAUUUUAAUGAGGAUUCUAUUUACUUUUACAAUGAAAAUAAAAGUCAAGAAAUGGGUCAUAAAUUUAUUAGAGCAUACUGGAAUAAAACAAUUUCUUAAUAAAAGAACUCAUAAGUUGAAGAAUUAGAUUAUACGCAGCUUAUAAGUUAACUUGCAAAACUCUAAACAGUCUUCAAGUGUAUCAACUUAAACAAAAUAUAUUUGGCUACUUCAAUGAAAAAGAUCAAACUAUAAUUUGAAGGCUUUGAUUUAAAGAAAUCUAAUUUCUUUCCGAGUCCAUAAUAGCUAUGGAAUCAUUUUUAUCAUGGAAUAAUCACAAACUCUAAAAAUAGAAUAAGUCUUUAGGAGUUAAAUGUAGAAUUCGAAAUACUUGGGUGCUAAGAUGAUCAACUUUUUAAUAAUAGAAUAUAGCAUUAAUUAGAAACACUACCUAAUUUAAUUAGAGUAGUAAUAUCUUAUAAACUAAAAUAAAAUAUUUAGCUUUAAAAUUCAACACAAUAGAAUGAUGUUUUGAUUAGCUUAAAAUUACUUAUUAACACGGUUUAGACAGUUAUUAAAAGAGGGAGUCAAUAAAUUUAAUAUUUUGUUGGGAAGAUAAGUACAUCUAACUCAAAGAAAAAAGUUAAUAUUUUAAAAAUUUAGAUGAGCAGAAAUAAUUAAUACAAUAACUGGUAGCAGGGCAUAUUUAAGUUGAGAAAUAAAGCACAAUAUUUAAAAUCUAAAGAAAAUUUAGACACAUUUAUGCAAUUAUUCUAUUUAGUUAAAUAAAAUGUAUUGUUAAAUGUUUAAAAACUUAAAAUUUAUAUUUAAGAAUUUCAAAACAUUUAAAAAAAUUACUAAAGAGUGUUCCACAACAAAGAUAGUGAAGAUCAUUCGUUGAAAUUUUAUUAAGACUUGUUUCAUUUGAAACUUUAUAACACAAAAUUAAUAAGAUAUAAUCUUAUCUUGUGUGAAGAAUCGUUUCACUUAAAAAUGAAAAUUCAAGAAUUUCAUCACUUUAUCAAAUAUGCUGACAAUAAUAAUAACAGCUCAUUUAACUUUAAUUGCACAGAUCGUUUUAGGAGUUCUAAGUUGCUUUAUCAUUUUCUAGAUACAAUUUUUACUAAAUCUAUGAAAAAUUUGCCAAAGAAUGCAUUAUUUUACAAUUUUGUUGAGAUGAACAAAAUGAUUGAGGAUAACGAUAAAAUAAUCGUUGAAAAGCAUUCAUAAAAACUCAAAUUAAUAUAAUAAAAUAAUUUGAAUUUAAUUAAGGAAGAAAGCAAUAUUUCAGAAGACUAAUUAAAUUUUAAUGACACAGAUGAGAAUCCAAGAGAUAAAUCUGCUUUAAAAAUAUAACAAUCUAUAAAAAAACCACAUUCUUUCAUUUUAGAUUAUAAAAAUAAAACAUAAAAUAAAAUACUAAAUAGUUAAGGAUCUUUAAAUUUUAUAGAUAACUUAGAGUAAAAUAAUUUAAAAGAAAAUGGUAAAAAAUUAGAAAUUAAUAAAUCUAACACUGUUUAUGAAUUUGGAGCAAAUUAAAAAUCAAAAGCACAAUUAGAAGUCAAUUAAAGUUUUAUAAAUAUUCCUAAAGAUGAUUUAGAAUGUAACAACUAAUAAGAAAAAUAUUUAAAAGAAUUUCAACUUGAGAUAGAAUGUGUCGAUAGCUAUGAAAGAUUUGAAGAUUUCUUGUAAAAUACACUUUCAAACAUGAUGAGUGCUCACACUUAAAAUGUAAAAAUAAUUAUUAGAGACUCUAAUUUCUAUGAAAAAAUAAAUAAUAAUAAUUAAAAUGGAAAUUCAAAACCUAUAAUUUAGAAUAUUUAUUUUGAUAUUUUCAAUAAAAUUCUUUCAAAGAUGAAUGUGUGGCCUGAGCAAUAGAUAAAUUUACAAUUAUUUUAAAGGAAAAUCUGCUAAUUUGCUAUUAUUUUACAAAAAAAUUAUUUUUAAAUUUGCAAUGUAGCCUAAAACGAAUUGAUUAAUGUAGAAAUGACAAUUACUAACGAUGCUUCGCUGAUUAAAUAAAUAUAGUCAAGUGGUCUGAUGUAAGAAAGAAUGAAGUAAUCUAAAUUUGAAAUUAAAUCCUAACAAGAAAAUGCUCAACAAAAUAUAGCAAAUAUAUAUUCCUAUCUGCAAAGGAUGUACAGAUUUUUAGUGUAGAAUAAGAAUUGGGCAUUUGCUUAGGAGUUUCAGUAAAUGAUUAACUGUCUUGGAUAUAAAAUUUAUGAACUGCAUAUAUAAUAUUAAUCUUUUGAAAAUUUAUAAAAUUAAGAAAGCGUAUUAAAUCAUGUGAUGAAUUUAAACACAUAACAGAUUUCUUUAGUUUAUAUUAACAUUCAGCAAUAAAAUAACUAAAACAAUAUAAAUAAAAAUUUUAUUUAAUGGCUUGAUUUACUGAUUUAAAGCAGAUUGCCUGCUGUAAACAUAAAUUAAACAGGAAAAAUGAAGUAAAGUUAAAAAUCUAUUUUGACAAAUUCUAGCAUGCAAAAUCUUCCAAUUAUUUAGUUUAAUGUGUAGUAAAUAUAACUAGCAUUUAAUCCAAGAAGAUAACUUUUAAUUUCUAAAUGGCUAAGCAAUAACCAAACUCAAUUAGAGAAAGACAUAAUAGCUGUUUUAGAAACUAAAUUCGGAAGCUGCAUAAAAAUGAUAACAACAGCUCAAUGCGGCUUGACUCACAAAAACAAGCAAAAAAACAAUAUAAUGGAUAAUGAAAAUUCUAAAAACCUUGAAGAAUUUGAAAUAAACUUCAAUUUAAAUAUGUCAGUUAUAGUUGCAAAGGUACAGCAAGAUAAUUAACAAGAAAUUUAGUCUAUUAGACCUGGUCUAUGCUUUAACUUUAUUAAAAUAUUUUCUAAAAUGAAAUACAUGGAACUGAUUGUAAAUCCAAAAAAUUCUAAAUUCUAAUGUUAGCUGGGAUAAAGAUUACAGUAAAUGAAUGAAAUAAUAGAUUUAAAGAUUCAUUUCACAAAAAAUCCUUAGGCGAAUUGGGAAGAGUAUACUUUAAUUGAAUAUCUUGGUUUUUUAAGAGCUAAAUUACUUCAUAUUGAAGUUUUAGAUGAAGAGAGAGACUUGAAAUUUGUAGAUUAAUCAAAAAGUGUGUUCUAUAAUCUGCUCACACUGUAAAACUUGGUUUCUUUUUAAAUAAGAGUUGAACAAAACAAUGACCCAACAGUAAAUGCUAAAUAUAAAUUAAGACAUUUCGAUUUUUUACAGCCAUUCCUAUACAUACCUAAGAAUUUAUUAACGUUUUAAGUUAUCACUCCUCAUAAAAAAAUAAAUGAUUAAUUCAAUUUCAAUAAAAGAUAUUUGAUUUAACUUUCAAUCAAAUCUAUCUAUAAACUAAAGAUUUUUAGAAAAGACAUAAUUUAUCAAAUCAUUGACUUUUAUUUAUGA